AUGGCGACGCCUUUCCCCAGUGAGCCGCCCGCGCUGGACGGCCACGAGCGGCACUACCAUGAGAGUCCUGAUGUGCUGAUGAAGGUGACGCGGCAGAACCACCCCGACAAAAUUCUGCCACGCGAUGGCGAGAGUAACGUGCUUGUGACGUCGGCGCUGCCGUACGUGAACAAUGUGCCGCACCUGGGCAAUAUCAUUGGAUCGACGCUCUCGGCGGAUGUGUACGCGCGGUACUCGCGCUCGCAGAACCGGAAUACCCUGUACAUUUGCGGCACAGACGAGUACGGUACCGCGACGGAGACCAAGGCGCUCGAGGACAAGGUGUCGCCGCAGGCGCUGUGUGACAAGUACCAUGCGCUGCAUGCGCAAGUGUACGAGUGGUUCCAGAUCGGGUUUGACCACUUUGGGCGCACGACCACGCCUAGGCAGACAGAGAUUGCGCAGGACAUCUUCCUGAAGCUGCACAAGAACGGCUACUUUGAGGAGAAGACGAUGCGCCAGCUGUACUGCGAGACGUGCAGCCGCUUCCUGGCGGACCGCUACGUCGAGGGCACCUGCCCCAAGUGUGGCUACGACGACGCGCGUGGCGACCAGUGCGACAAGUGCGGCCAGCUGCUCGACGCCAUUGAGUUGCAGAACCCGAAGUGCAAGAUGUGCCAGGGCACGCCGGUGGAGCGCGAGUCGAAGCACAUGUUCCUGCGCAUUGACGCGCUGCAGCCGCAGACAGAGGCGUGGGCGAUGGAGCAGGCCAAGGUCGGCCGGUGGUCGCCGAACGGCACGUUUAUCACCGAGUCGUGGUUCAAGGAGGGGCUGCGGCCGUUCUCGGUGAGCCGGGACCUCAAGUGGGGUGUGCCGGUGCCGCUGCCGGGCUACGAGGACAAGGUGCUGUACGUGUGGUUUGAUGCGCCGAUCGGGUACCCCAGCAUCACGGCGAACUACACGGACGAGUGGGAGCGCUGGUGGAAGAACCCGUCGCAGGUGCAGCUGUACCAGUUCAUGGGCAAGGACAAUGUGCGUUUCCACACGGUCAUCUUCCCGUCGUGCCUGAUCGGCACGGGCGAUUCGUGGACGAAGCUGCACCACCUCAACACGGCCGAGUACCUGCAGUACGAGGGCGGCAAGUUCUCCAAGUCCCGCAACAUCGGUGUGUUUGGCGACCGCGCCAAGGACAUUGGCCUGUCGCCCAGUGUGUGGCGCUACUACCUGCUGGCGACGCGUCCCGAGUCGUCCGACAGCCAGUUUGUGUGGCACGACUUUGUGACGCGCAACAACUCGGAGCUGCUCAAGAACCUGGGCAACUUUGUGAACCGCAUCAUGACGUUUAUGAAGAAGUACGAGGCGCGCCUGCCCGAGUCGCCGAUGCUCCGGCUCGGCACGGACGGCCCGCUGCCGACGACGGGCGACGGCACGCCGUUCGGCGAGCUGGUCGCCAAGUUUGUCGCGGAUGUGAACCAGAUCCUCGCCAAGUACGUCGACUUCAUGGAGGUCGGCAAGGAGCGCGUCGGCCUCAGCACGAUGAUGGAGCUGUCGGCGCGCGGCAACCUGCUGCUCUCGGACGCCGGCCUCGACAACACGCUGUUCAGCGAGCGCCGCGCCGAGUGCGACGCGGUGAUUCUCCUGGCGACGAAUCUGAUCUGGGUGCUGUCCGCGCUGGUGUAUCCGUUCAUGCCGCUGACGGCCGACCAGAUGCUCGCGCAGCUGAAUGCGCCGCCGCGUGCGCUGCCCAAGGACAACGCGUUUGCCAUCGACCUGCUGCCCGGCCACAUGGUCGGCAAGGCGGCGCACCUGUUCAAGCCGAUCGACGAGAAGCAGGCGGCCGUAUGGAAGGCACAGUUUGGCGGCGAUAGUACGAAGGACGAAAAGCCAGCCAUGAGCAAAAAGGCCGCGGCCAAGGCCCGCAAGGCCGCUGAGAAGGCCAAGGCGGAAGCCCUGCCGCAGACGCCGGAGGUGCUCGACCUGGACGCGAAGGUGAAGGCGCAGGGCGAGACCGUGCGCACGCUCAAGGGCGCAGCGGGCACGCCGCCCGAGACCCUCGAUGUGGCGGUGGCGCAGCUCCUCGCGCUGAAAAAGGAGCUGCAGGCGGCCGUCGAUGCGGCCCUCGCGCGGCAGGCGGAGCAGGCGCUCUAG